CCCCACUUACUUGCUAAAAGUACGACAAGUUUAGGCCACCCUAUUUUCCACAGUCACUCCCGAGGAUUAUUUUCACUGCACACUCCAGCUAUAGUCAAGGUAUUCAGGAUGGUUGGUUGGUCUGUCCUUCCCCCCACUUGCUUGCUAAAAGUACAAGAAGUUCAGGCCACCCUAUUACUUCCACAGUCACUCCUGAGGAUUAUUUUCACUGCACACUCCAGCUAUAGUCAAGGUAUUCAGGAUGGUUGGUUGGUCUGUCCUUCCCCCCACUUG